AUUUUACACACGUGCAUGUUUUUGCAGAUGCAGAGCACAUCCCUCAUAAACCAAACUAAGGAUACUAACUUCAGCUUUCUAAAUAAUGAGUUAUCAAAGACCAUCAGUGAUGUUCUUGCUCAGGUAAAGGUACGUUUCAGUCUCCGCUUUGCCAUGGAUCCAAAUUCAGUCUUGAACCAAACAGUGAAAGUGCUUUCUGAAGAAAAAUCUUUCAACUCUGUCUGUGACAAAAUAAAAAUGCUUGGGAGAGCUGUUCUUGACCUCCUUCCAGAAAGCAAGGAGUUACCAACUGUUGAAGAGAAAUUCUGGAAGGAAGUGCCAUAUCUAAAUAGGUAUCAGGCAAUAAUUCCCCUACAGAUUAAGUUAAAAUGCUUGAGGAAUGAGUGUAGCUUAGAAUAUCAAGACCAUCCCACUGAAACUUAUGACAAGGUCUUCUCUUGUUUUACAGAGUGGAAGAAGGCUUAUUCAGAAGCACAGGUGGAAUUAAACAGUGCAGUUGAGAUGGUGGCUAAAUUGUUUUCAAGCUUUGCUACACACCUAAAAGGCAUUAUCAAAGGACGAAAUAUGCAGUGCUUUUCCCCGAGUGAAGAAUAUUGCUCUCUAAGUACUGCCCUUGGAAAAGAAAUGGAACUUGCCAUUAAAGGUCGAGAUUUUACAAAAUGCAUGGCAGCAGCAGUAGAUGCCAAAAUAAGAGGGCGCAUCAGUGAACUGAAGUACAUCUUUCUGCUAAUGGAAAAUGUAAGUGCAAAAUGCAGUGUGAGAAGCUCUAAUUCAAUGGAAGAGAGAAGUGUACAAGAUGUCUCUCUCUUCAAGUUUGUCAAGGGCUUCAAAAAGGAAAUCCCUCAGCAAACAUUUGCAGCUAUAAUUAAUGAUAUUGUCCAAGAUUUAGUUUGCUUUCAUCAGAAAGGUAAAGCAUAUAAACAUCUCCAUCCAGAAAACAUUCUCUUGGUUGAUGGUGUAGCCAAAUUAUGUUCUCAAGAAAAGAUUGUAGAAAGUUCACUUAAAGAAAGUUGGUCUUUCAAGUGUCCACAGUCACCUGGUCAGAAAGAGGCCAUUGACACUUUUGCUGAUGAUGUGUACAGCCUUGGAAUUAUGAUUUUAUGGUUAUCUUGCCUUGGUGUGGGUAAUUUAGAAGCUGCUAAGAAAGCUGCAAUCAACAGCAUUCCAUCUAUUAAACAUCUUAUUGCUGAAGAACCUAGUGAGCGACCCACAAUGCAAGAACUCCUCCUGCAACAAUGGCUCUUACCUGAGGCCUUGCAUACUAAUCAGCAACUUGCUUUAUGUCCAGAGGGAGUCUUGACAAUGAUUAAUGAGAAUGAACUUGAUGUUAAAAGUGAGGCAGUUACACAUAUGGUAAUCGAGGAAAGUAAUAUGGAAUGUACAGAUUCUAAAAGUUGUGUUGCCUUGAAGCCAGAACUAGCUAAAUUUGAUGAAAACAUUUUGUCACAAACAGAGAAUGUAGAUUAUAAAGAUCUGGUUUCUACUGUACCAAAUUGUCCAUCACUAGAGGGUAUUAACAUGAAAAGUGCAAGACAGAAUGGAAAAUAAAAAAUUAAUAGAAUUUCAUGAUCAAUAUAUAGAAGCAUAUGAUGAGAGAGAGAAUAACAAAAUACAUUUCCUUGAACAUAUAGCUCCACAUGUGGAGAAUAUCAAGAAUCCAGUGGAAUCUCUCUCACAGGUUGUGUUAGAGGAUAAUAAUCAGGAUCAUUCAAAAAAAUGCAUGACUCAAUGAAAAAAUGGCCUCUUCAAUGAUUGCAGAGUAAGGAUUAUAUUAAAUGUCAAGUUAUUUUGUUAAAGUUGUAUUGGAGUAUUAGAAUGAAAAAUUGAUUUUGGAAUACAGAUGUUGAAGGAGAGCCAACAUAUUAAAAAAAAAAAUAAAGGUAGAUCUUAAUAUUUUGUUUAGCUUCAAAAGCAGUAGGAUAUUAUUUUCAUCAGGAUUACUUUCAAAGUGAUUUCCAGACAGUUUCCCCUUACAAUGGAAGAAUUUUGUUUUAAGACUUUUUUACCUUAGUACUCAGGGGUUAAGUAUCAGCUUCUGGUCACUUGCCAGAUUCACUGUCUCAGAGCCUUGUGAGACCUGUUGAACCUAUUUUAAGGACUGUGACAGUCUGUCUCCAUCACCUCUAUGUCGAUAUUAUUUCCACUGCCUGAGCACCAUGUGAAUGGUGAAAUACUUUCUGACAUCCCUGCAACUCAUCUGGGUCUUUUAACUUCCAGUUGUACCUGUUUCCCUCUCAAACGGCCUGUUCCUGUCCAUCCUAUCAAUUCCUCUUGAGUAGUAUUCUGUAUAUGAUCAUGUAAGCUCUGGUCUUGUCCUCCAGGGUCAUUAGAUUCAAUUCCUUAAGCCCCUCUUGUAGUUCAUAACCCCUAUCUCGGGAACUAGUCUCAUUGCAUAAUUCUACACUUUCACCAGUUUCUUAACAUGCUUCCUUAGGUAUGGGUUCCUUACUGAUACUGCAUCUUAAGAUAGGCCUGACAUAUAUUAUGUAAAAUGCCUGAAAUAACUACAGAGAUUCCCAAAGGCCACUCAAAUUUGCUAGGCAAGUAUUGGCUGCAGAAGUCAUUUAGUUAAUGUGAGCCUCUAGUGAUGUGAUAGCACUGCAUAUUCCCAGGUCCUUUUGAAUGAGGUAUGUCACUCAUAAACCAGAAACAGCACUGAUCCUUAUGGCACACUGCUUAUUCAUCCCCAUUCUGACAUCUUUGAUAAUCAUCCUUUCCCUAAGGUAGUACGUGAUCCACCAGAAUACAUUCCAUUAUUCCUGCCUGUUUCUCAAGUUCUCUUCCUAGUUUCAUAGGGUACAGUGUUAAAUGCCAUCUUGCAGUCUAACAAAAUGCAGUCCACCCAGCCUUUCCUAUCUCACUUGUUACUUCGUCAUACAAUUGCAAAAGGUUGGCAAGACAAAACUUUUCCUCUCUGAGCCCAUAUUAGUUGUUUUUUUUAUGUAACCACUUCUCUCCAAGUGCUCUACCACUCUCCUAGCCCUUGUGGUUUAGCACUUCUUUUUGAUUAUAAUAAUUACCACUCUCCUGACUGUCUUCUCCAUUUGGAUUUAGCACUUGAUUAUAUCAUUUUCUAUUACCUUGCAAGGCCUGAUCACGGACUGGGCUGCUGGAACAUUGACCCCCAGAAAAACCUCCAGGUAGAUGGUAUAAAUGUUAGUGAAACUGGCCAGUGGUUCAAUGCUUCAUGCUUAUGUCCUUUCCUAAAUAGUAUAUGUACUACAUUUGCUGUCUUCUAGAUCUCUCGCAAACUGUCCUGUUCAUUGAUUUGUUGUGGAUCAUAGUUAGCGGUUUGGACAAUGCUUCUGCUUCCUCUUGCAGAAUCCAUGGUGAUACCCUGUGAGAUCCCACUGCCUUUGAUUUAUCCAUCUCCAUCAUUCCCCCCCACCCCUCUUUUUUUUCUUCUUCUCACUUCCUCUCACUUCCUCUGUUGUGUGAAUGGUCCAGUACCUACUAAGGUACUU